AUACGUCACAAGCGUGUGGAUCUUAUGGAGCACUUCUCGUACUCUCUCGUACCCACUGAGUUCCAAAAGAAAUGUCUGAGGGAAGAUUUAAUUACAUAUACAGUUGUGAGCUAGAAGAAAACGUCGAAAUUAAAAUAGGGACGUUAGAAGGUGACAGAGACAGACCUAGCUACAAUGACCUCCUGAAUGAUCCCAUGUUGCGUUACUCUGGCGUGUACUGUCCAGGAUGCUCGGAUCUCUACGUGUCAUGUCAAGUGUACAGCAAUGGAAUGCAGAUUUCUCUCCCAUGCCAGACAUCUUACAAAGCUUUCAGUACCAGAUGGAACUGGAAUGAAUGGUUGAGACUGCCAAUCAAGUACUCUGAUUUGCCAAGAGAUGCUGUGUUGAGUCUGACAAUAUGGGAUAUUUAUGGAACAGAUAAAGUUAUUCCUGUAGGUGGCACCACCAUAUCAAUGUUUGGGAAGAAGGGAACAUUUCGUCAAGGAAUGCAUGAUUUGAAGGUGUGGCCUGAUGUUGAAGCAGACCCAGGGAGUCAGUCAACAACCCCAGGGAAAUCCAGAGACAGUGGUGACCAAAUGAGCAGAUUGGCAAAGUUGAGCAAGCGACACAGAGAUGGUCACAUGGUAAAGGUGGAUUGGUUGGACAGGCUGACGUUCCGGGAGAUAGAGAUGGUUAAUGAACGACAAAAACGUGACUCGAACUUCAUGUAUCUUAUGAUAGAAUUUCCACAUACACACUUCAAUGAAAUAGAGUAUGCUGUAGUUUAUUUUGAAAAGGGUGGUGAUGAUCCCUACACUUUUACAACACACGGUGAUUUGGUUAUUGUUCCGGAUCCAGAGAUUUCAUUGGAAAAUCUUGUCGAGUCAAAACACCACAAGCUAGCGCGUAGUCUACGUAGCAGCCCAACUGACAAGGACAUGAAACCAGAUGCAAAGACACGAAAUUGGCUAAAUACUAUUGUUGGCUACCCACCCACCAAGCAGAUGACAUCAGAGGAACAGGAUUUGGUUUGGAAAUACAGGUUUUAUCUCUCCUCUCAGAAAAAGGCUUUGACCAAGUUUUUGAAGUGUGUAAACUGGAGCCAGUCACAGGAAGUGAAACAGGCACUGGAGUUACUCAGUGCAUGGAAUCCUAUGGACGUGGAAGAUGCGCUCGAGCUUCUCACACCCACAUUCUCUCAUCCGGCAGUAAGGAAGUAUGCCAUAAACAGACUGAGACAAGCAGAUGAUGAGGAUCUACUGUUGUACCUGCUGCAGCUAGUACAGGCUUUGAAGUAUGAGAAUUUUGAACAAAUAAAGAAAGAUUUGGACACGACUCCUGCAGUGAGAAGAGAUUCCGUGUCACAGGAUGAUUCCCCACAACAAACAGAUAAGUACCCGGCUCCAGUGUUACAAAGGACCACAUCACAUGAUUCUAUUCUAGAUGAGCUGGGAACCUCUCCCAGGGUCUCUGAAAGUCCAGAAUCCAAACUAGAGAAAGAGAUGGACCUGGCAACAUUCUUGAUCUCUAGAGCCAGUCACAAUCUUAGCCUUGCAAACUAUUUCUUCUGGUACCUGAUGGUUGAAAACGAGGACCAUGAAUCGGAGAAAGACCUGAAAACUAAAGACAUGUAUUACAGUGUGUUCAGACGGUUCAGUGAUGUACUGGUCAAGGGAGGUCAGGACUGCCGGCAUAGAAGAGCAAUGUUGAUAAGGCAGCAGACGUUUAUGGACAAACUUGUCAACCUUGUUAAAAUGGUCACUAGGGAAAGUGGAAACAGGAAGAAAAAGAUUGAGAAGUUACAAGCGUUGCUACAAGAUUCGGAAGUAUGCAAGAUUAACUUCUCUGAAUUUGAGGCGUUACCUCUUCCGCUGGAUCCUGAUGUCAAAGUUAAUGCCAUAGAUCCUGAAUCUGCAUCAUUGUUUAAGAGUAACCUGAUGCCAUGUAAACUGACAUUCCACACUGCUGAUGACAAAAGUUAUGUUACUAUAUUUAAACAUGGAGAUGACCUGCGACAAGACCAGUUGAUGCUGCAGAUGUUUACACUGAUGGAUAGGUUGCUGAGACAAGAAAAUUUGGAUUUGAAAUUGACGCCAUAUAAAGUUCUGGCUACAAGCACGAAACACGGUUUUGUACAGUGCAUAGAAUCCCUGUCAGUGGCUGAGGUCCUUGAUAAGGAAGGAACUAUACAAAAUUACUUCCGAAAACAAGGUCCAUGUGAGGGGGCACCAUAUGGGAUACAGCCAGAAGUCAUGGACAACUAUGUAAAAAGUUGUGCUGGUUAUUGUGUGGUGACUUAUUUACUUGGAGUGGGAGAUAGGCAUUUAGACAAUCUGCUUCUUACAAACUCAGGAAAAUUAUUUCAUGUAGACUUUGGUUACAUACUGGGUCGGGACCCAAAGCCGCUACCCCCACCAAUGAAAUUAAGCAAAGAAAUGGUUGAGGCUAUGGGUGGAAGCACGUCGGAUCAUUUCAAGGACUUUAAACAACACUGCUACACUGCAUUCCUUGCUCUCAGGAGGUCUGCAAACCUGAUACUUAACCUGUUUUCACUGAUGGUAGAUGCUAACAUUCCAGAUAUUGCCCUAGAACCGGAUAAAACAGUUAAAAAGGUACAAGACAAGUUUGUAUUACACCUAACAGAUGAGGAAGCUGUGGCCUACUUACAAAAUCUGAUAGAUGAGAGCGUGUCGGCCAUGAUGGCGGCACUAGUGGAACAAAUACAUAAAAUGGCACAGUACUGGAGAAAAUGAUGCACAGUUUUGGACUUUGCAAUGUCUGUGAUAUUCCAUUCCAACACCAUACAAUAUCGACGUUCUCUUGAAGACAUUUUAGUGAAAUAAACAAAGCUAUUCUGAUUUUGAUCUAAUAGUCUUUGUGUUAUGUUAUUAAGGAAAUUGAAAAAAAAUGUAUGGACUUUGGUAAAUGAAGAUACAGGAAAAACUUGCUAGAUUUAACAUAAAGCUGAUUUUUUUUUCAGCAAGUGAACACCACAUGAAUAAUAUGUUCAUGAGUGAAAAUUUAGGAUUUGGUGUUCUUAAGAUACAGACAGUUUGAUAUACAUCUAAAACAAACAAAUUUACCUUUUAUUUCAUGACUUUUUCAUGUUUUCAAUCAAAAUUUACCCAUUUCACGCAACAUCACAAUGUCACAAAAAUAGGUAAAAUUGUUUUUUUUUUGGAAAACACAAGAAACUUCUUUUAAUUUGAUAAACACUUUCAUUAUUCUGGUGAAUUUAUAUUAUCUAUAAAUGAACUAAUUGAAAUGUCCCCUUGAUAUAUUUGGCAAUAUCUUUCGCAAUAUUUAGAGAGGGUUAGAAUAUACCUUGAAAAGUGCUUGAAUUUGAGGGGAUCCUUUCUAAAGUAUAGCCGAUCCUUGGGAAAAAAGCUUGAAAAGGACUACAAGUCUUGGAAAAGGGCUUACUUCCAUUUCCUACCUUGAAAAGUGUUAGAAUACUAGUAAUGCUUAUUUAAAAAAAACAACACUUGAUUUUUUUCUGAAAUCAGAUAAUCUGGAGAACUGAUCCUGUUAAAAAUGUUGAAGAAAAUGUCUUAAAACCUUAACAUUUUCAUUGUGAGAAUGGAAGUUUGUUCCUUAUAGGGUAUGACUGAAAGUAAUAUGUGUGUGCAUCUCUAAACAAAAUGGCUGCACCUGUGUUCACUGUUUUAUCUCUGGGGCUUGCAUAAAAAUAUGCUUUAAUUUGCAUCAUUUCUCCCUGAGGUCUGUUUUAAUUUGGAUUGUUUUCUAUUUAAAUGUAAAUUGCUUGAAAAGUACUUGAAUUUUGCUGGAAAAUAUCAGUAUGUACACUGUUAAGUAAAGUACUUUCAUAGAAUUUCUCAUCUAUUAUUUUCCAAUCUGAACCCAGUUUUAAAAAGUUACAAAAAAUUCACUUAAAUGACUGGUUAAUUUUGAAACAAGGCAGGAAAAUGUUGACAAAACAACAUAACUUCUUUAUCCUGUCAUAUCUUUGAAAUAAAUUUAAAUUUGGUGUGAUAUUUGACCAUAUAUCAGUGAAAAUUUAUUAUCUACAUCUCUGUAUCCUUAUAAAUGAUAUUUACUUGUUACAUAAAAACAAUACAUGUUUCUGUAUUUUUGUGACUUCUUAAAACUGUGUAAGAGGUCAAGAAAUGAAUGAAAUAGUAUCUUUGUAUUAUUUGAUUUCAUUGACAUUUUCAUAUACAACAAAUUUGUCUAAAUGUAUGAGAAUUUUCUUAAACAUACUUAGAAUAUUAUGAUCGAUAUUGUUGAAAUUACUGAGGGGGCAUUAGACAUUUAGAUUAGCGUUGAAGGUAUUUCAGUGACUUCCAUGUGGUGUUUGUAUAUAUGAAAAAUAUUCUUGUAAUAAAAAAAACAAGAUAUCUGUGUCAUGGUACACACUAAAUAAUUGAUACCACACACACAGAGCUUUGAUGAAAGUAGCAACAUGCUUAGUAGUAACAUAGUACAUGUACAGUGAAAUCAUUUACAAUCAUUAGAGACUUUUUUGUUGUUGAUUUUGUGGUCUGGUUGAUUCGAUCAUUUUAUCUUCAGAACUUGAAAUCAACAAAUUCAUAAACCUAAGAAAGUUAUUUCUCAGUCAAAACCACUUAAUUCCUUACCCGCAGAAUUAAAUGUUUUUACUGUACCAACCGGAAAUAGUAUUCAUGUAUGAUUUCUCAGUUUUCAUAGAUGCUUCUGUUUUAAAUUUUUGAAAUGCCCCUUUAAAGAACUUAAAAUUUUGAAUAUACAUAGUCAUGCCCCGCUUUAAAAUGCUUAAAAUUUUGAUGUACAUUUGAGUGCAUGCCCUUUUAAAUAACUUAACAUUUUGAUGUAUAUCUGAAUGCAUUUCCCUUCAAAAUGCUUAAAAUUUUAUCAUUCGUCAGCAGACAUGCCCCUUUAAAAGGCUUAAAAUUUUGAUGUACAUCUGCUGACAUGCCCCUUUAAGAUGCUUAAAACCUUGAUGUACAUCUGAAUUUAAGUCCCUUUAAAGUAAUGCUUAUUGGGACUACAUUUUUGUAUUUCUAAUGAUAAUGACUGUUACUAGUAGUGAUAAAUAAGGGAUAGUGCAAUAGGAUUAAUGUUUGCAAAUAUACUUGUACAGUGGAACAUCCCAAACUACUACCCUCUGCAUACCAGUUCUUGUCUAACAAACUGCAAGCCAGAUGGCCAGUGUAGGGAUGAUCCUCUUUUCAGUGUUUUUGCAUAAUCAUUGUAUAAAUUACUUACGUUGUAUAAAUUCUGUGAAGAAUAAUUGUAUAUGUUAUUAAUGAAAGAUAUAAAAUGA